AUGUCCGACGCCCAGGUCAAAGUCCGUUUUUUCACGAAAGAAGAGGACGAAAGUCUCCAUGCGGCCGACGCGCCGUUGUUUGUGCCCGUUUCGUUGAAGCGCUACGGUUUGUCCGAAGUGGUCAACCACCUUUUGCCUCGAGAAGACCCAGUGCCGUUUGACUUUUUGAUUGACGGCGUGUUGUUGCGUCUGUCCAUCGACGAAUACUUGACCCGCCACGGCUUGUCUGCCGAAACGUUUUUGCACAUUGAGUACACGCGUGCUGUUCUUCCGCCUUCGUUUUUGGCUUCCUUCAACAACGAAGACUGGAUCUCGUCUGUCGACACUGUGGGCGCGGAAUUGCCGCCACAGAUCCUUGCCGGCUCCUACGACGGUGUUGUGCGGACUUACGACAUGUCGGGCCAAGUGGUGGCGCAGUACGUGGGCCAUCUGGCGCCGGUCAAGGCGGUCAAGUGGAUUUCUGCCCAGAGAAUGGUUUCGGGCGGCAACGACCACCAGGUGCGUUUGUGGAAGAGCAAAGAGGGCGCAGGGGCCGCGGAUUUGCAGCACGAGGCGCCUGAACCUGAACAGGCCGCAGGCCACACGCUCGCCAUUUUGGACGCCCACCGCGCGCCCGUCACCUCGCUCGCAGUUCAGGCGCGCGCCCAGCGCAUCUUGUCGGGCGGCAGCGACAAUGUGAUUGCCCUCUGGUCCACUGUGGCCAAGGACAUGAAGGCCACGGACCCUUACGCCGGCGGCAGCGGCGCUUCGUCCGCCACGAAAAAGAGAAGAAAGUUGGCGCAGCGUGACGCGGCCGUCCAGCACAGAGCACCGCUUUCCUUGUUAGAGGGCCAUGCCCAGCCGGUCGAAGGUGUUUUGUUCGAUGCCCACGACGCUACUGUCGCCUACUCUGUUUCGCAGGACCACACCGUCAAAACGUGGGACUUGGUCACUGCGCGCUGUGUCGAUACCAGAAGCACGGGCUACGCUCUUCUCUCGGUGGCACAGUUGCCAGAGGUCAAUCUUAUUGCGUCCGGCUCGUCGGCCCGCCACAUCAACUUGCACGAUCCCCGCACGCAGGUGGGCGCCACAGAAAACUCGGUGUCGAAGCUUGUGGGCCACACCAACUUCGUGGUGGAUUUGGCCACAUGCCCCACUAACGGCAACAUGUUUGCUUCUGCGUCGCAUGACGGCACCGUGAAAGUGUGGGACGUGCGUGCCGAGACGCCGUUGUACACUAUAACACGCGAGUCUGGCAAGAGCAAAGUGUUUGGCGUGGCGUGGAAUCCGCAGAUUGGCAUUGUCAGUGGUGGUGAGGACAAGAAGCUCCAGAUCAACAAGGGCAACGACAUUGCGAAGUAG